AUGUCCAAGAUCCUAGUGGUAGUAGGCGCCACCGGCCAACAGGGCAGCUCCAUCAUCAACUUUAUCCUCUCCGACCCCAAAAUCAGCCAGGAGUAUACCAUCCGAGGCACAACACGCGACCCCAACAGUUCAAAAGCACAAGCACUAGCAGCCAAAGGUAUCGAAAUCGUUGCAGCCAACUUCAAUGAGCCCGAAACCCUUCAACGCGCCUUUACAGGCGCACACACAGUAUUCGCAAACACCCCAACCAUCUACGACGGCCACACCUACGAGCACGAAGUCGCGCACGGUCGCUCCCUAAUCGACGCCGCGGUCGCAGUGGGUGUGCCCUUCUACAUCUACUCCACGCUGCCUAGCAUCUCAAAAAUAUCCCAAGGAUGGCUAAAAAAUGGCGGCCAUUUCGACGGUAAAGAGGAAGUCGAGCAGUACAUCCGUACGCAGCCGAUUCGAAGCGCCUUUGUCGCGCCGGGCUCAUUCAUGUCGAAUUUCCAUGAUACAAUGGCUCCAAGACGCAUGGAGAAUGGCGACUACGCCUUGCUUUUGCCUGUUCCGGCUCAUAUAAGGCUGCCGUUGAUUGAGACGGAGGCUGAUUUGGGGAAGUGGGUAGCUGCCAUUCUGGCGGAUUUUGAUCAGUAUGAGGGAGAGGUACUUUGCUGUGCUACGGCGCUGUAUAGCUUUGAGGAAAUUGUGCAGACUAUGAGCCGCGUGUCAGGGAAGACGGUGACGUAUCGUGAAGUGCCGGUGGAGAUUUGGGCGACGUAUCUGCCGGAGCUGAUGAGGGGUUAUAUUGUGGAUAUGUUUACGCUUUUUAGGGUCUAUGGGUAUUAUGGGGAUGGGACGGAGGAGAAGGUGAAAUGGUCGGCGGAGCAGGCAGGGGGGACUUGA